GUAGAAUUAAAAGUAUGGCGCGAAAUAAACUCUGGGCUUGUCAGCUCAGCAAUUUUUAGUUCUUUUCUUUUUUUGAAGUGAUUUAGCAUCAUCAAAACCUGUCAGUCAAACCAUUAUUUUUGUACUGUAUAUGUCUAGCCUCUAGAAGUUCUACCUUGGAAGCAUAGUUACGUAGGUGAGGAGUUCCCGACAGUUGACUCAGUUCGUCUUGACCACUUGUUCAAACCAUGGUGCUGCUAAAAGGAAAUCAGACCUCAAACAAAGACUCUAACGUAGCAGCUUCAACAUCAGAUACCAAUAACAAGGGCAAAGGAAUGCCAAAGCGUCCAAGUAAAACUGUAAAGUUUGACAAACCAGAAAUGAAUGAACAGGAUUCCGAAGAUGAUCAUUCAAGUAGUGAUGAACCUUCAAGUCCUGGUGGAGGAGGGGAUGGUGACCCUAAUGAUCCCUCCAAAAGAAGAGACAUUCGAAAUGAAUAUCGUACCUUACAGAACAAUAUGAAUGAAUUCCAGGAUGACAUGGUACAACCAGGAAACAAGAAGCUUGAGAAGACUCUUGAUAAAGUAGAAGCUAACUUCAAGAAAGUAAACCACACACGGGAGGCUGCUAUGGAUGGAGAAACAGUAGUGUUGCUCACAAAGCUUGCCAAGCAAAGAGCUCAGAAUCUCUCAACAGACUUUGUCAAAUUUAGCUGUGUUGAAUUCAUGGAAAAAUUGCUGACUAAAAUAACAAACGGGCAAAGGGAAGAUACAGAAGUAACUCCUGAGAUGUGGCAAAACUUCGGGGAGAAUACACAUCAACUUUACCGAAAGUCUCCUGCAUUUAGCUGCAUGUUGGGUACCUUUAAAAAUGACCCCCCAGAACGUCCCCCUCCCAAAGUACCAAAAGUUAAAGACACAGACAGAAAUAAAGCUGCAGUAAAACCAACAGCAGUAAAAGAUGCUGGAAAGGAAAUCACAUCAGAGGAUCAAACAUCUGCCCAUGUGGAAUACAUAAACCGGUGCUUAAAAAAAGAAUAUGCUGAAGGAGACAAUGAGCCUGUUUGUUUCUUUGAGUUUGUUGUGAACCCCCAUUCAUUUGGUCUGACUGUGGAAAACAUCUUCCAUCUAUCUUUUCUUGUAAAGGAUGGGCUAGCAGAAGUAAAAUUGGACGAAGAUAAACUUCCAGUUAUAGUGCCACUACGUGAGGGUGGAGAGAAAGGGUCUAAAAAAGGAAGCAAGAAGAAUAGUCAAGUCUUGAUGUCAAUCACAAUGGAUGAGUGGAAGAAAAUCAUUAAAGUGUUUGAUAUUAGUGAGCCUUUGAUUGAGCCCUAUGUCCCAAAGAAAAAAUGAAAAUGAAAAGGAAACAUACAAGAUGAUCUAUAAAACAAGUGAAACAGAACUUGACACUGGCAUUCUACAUAGCAUUGCACAUAUCAUGUACUGUACAUAGCAUUGCACAUAUCAUGUACUGUACAUAGCAUUGCACAUAGCAUUGUACAUUAUAGCAUUGCACAUAGCAUUGUACAUUAUAGCAUUGCACAUAGCAUUGUACAUAAUGAACAGAACAGUGUACAUUGCAGAACAGAACCUGUAUAUACUCAAACCUUGGAUGUACAAAACUGGCAUUUAACAUGCACAGGUUUUAACAUUGGUUAUGCAAAACUGUGCCUGAAACAAAGAAAUCCUGUAAAAGAUGCAAUGGCUGGAGAUAAACUUUAUGCAAAAAAAAUAUGUUAGUAUUUUAUACCAAAUUCUAUGAAGAAAAAACAACAUUACUAGAGCUGUAUUUAAGCAAUUUUGGGUUGCUGACUUUGUGAGUACUGUAGAUACACUUAUUUUGACGGUACUUAAUUUGGCUGAUUUGCUCAAGUUCAAAUAUUGGCGGCUUUUUAAUUUGGCGGAGUCAGGACUGAGCUCAACUUUUAUCAUU